AUGCGCCUACGACGCGCUCGAUCGCUGCCCGCCGCGUCGUUCAGCACGUUGGGGUCCCGCAGCCGCUUCCUCGUCGAAGGAGACCUCACUAAGCUCGCCCCAGGAGCUACGCCGGCCGUCGGUGUCGAGGCGCAGUUGACGCACGUCUUUUCGCUCGAGGACACGCGCGCCUUUGCGCAGCUCUCGGGCGACAACAACCCGCUGCACGUCGACGCCGAGUUUGCAAGCGCAGUAGCCGCAGCGAGCAAACCGCUGGUCCAAGGCCUCUUGUCUGCCAGUCUCUUUGCUACGAUCUUCGGCCGCACGGUGCCGGGCGCAGUCUACGUCCAGCAGCAUCUGAGCUGGAGACGGCCGUUGCUCGUGGACGAACAAGUGACGGCUCGCAUUCGCGUCACAAAAGUCAAUCGACGGUUCGUCGAGUGCGAGACCGUGUGCACAAAAGGAAGCGAUGACGUCGUCGUCUUGGACGGCCAUGCGACGCUCCUGCUACCGUCUGUAGCAACUCGGACGUCCGCAUCUGACUAG